AUGCCACACACGGGCGACGCCGGCAGGCGCGAGAUACACGCUGAUGGCAUUGGUGAUUUUGCCACAUCUCCCGCACACCCACGACAAGGAUGGAGCACAAACCAAUGCAGACAAUGCUGCCCACGAUUGCAUCCCACGGCACGUUCGUUGCGCUGGCUGUGCCCAAGCAAAAGCGAUCGAUUUUCCGAACGUCGUUUCUGCUCCGCGGCAUGGUGGCAGUCGCGGGCGUCGCCCUCGUCGUGACGAUCUUGCAGCCGCGACAACACAUGCUCGCAACCAACGAAAUUAGCAACCAAGCAGCCAUGCAAUCGCUCAACUGUCUCCUCGACAACGCCGAUGCGUCGCCACAAUGCAACUUUCCCACCUCCGCUGCGCAAUCUUGGUUUGCCCCACCGCGCAACCUCCACCCGAGCAUCCGCAAAGACGUCCCCAUCCCGACAAACCGAUGGUGGGGCAAUCUCAUCAGCUCGCCGCGGGAAGACUACGUGCCGGAGAAACGAGUGUGGACCAACCCGUACGCGGUCGUGCUCCUGUCCCAAGGUGUUGUCGUCUCGUUUCCGUACGGCGCGCGGUACUUCCAAGGGGCAUCUGGUAACGCCGGCGGUGCCAAGAGCUACAGCCACCAGUACUCAAAAGACGUGACGAUUGGAGCUAUCACAGCGACGUCGCAUCCAUUUCAAGUCACAAGUUGGGACGACUUGGGCGUGACCUUGCGCCAAGAGCGGGCACCGGAUCAGUGGCUACAAACGUCGCUUGUCAGCGGCAUGGCGUACGUGACAGCCGCGUACUCGAAGCUCCCGCCUCGGAUUUCCACGACGAAUUCCAUCGUGUCCCUCAACGGCAAGCCUUUGGUCAAGGCAUCCAAAGUUGUCGGCGACCGGUUUGUCCUUGGCCUCAACAACGGCCAGCAAUGGGUCGUCUAUGCGUCGUCGCCAGUGACGCUGUCCGUCGUGAACGACCGCAUUUUGCAGCAAUCGAACGCCUUUACGGGCCACAUCCGCGUGGCGCUCGUGCGAACGGCCGACGACAUUGCUGCGCACGACAAAUACCAUGGGUGCAUUGUGCACGGCGGGAACCUGACGUUGAAUCAAUUCGACUAUGGCUUUCAAUGGGCCACGUCCGGCAGCUGCAGCGCUGGGCUGCUGCACUUUGCCCUGGCCCAUCACGCGGCGAUCUUGACCCCCGACACGGCGACCCCCAUCGACUCCAUGAGCCGCCUCGAGUCCGCGACCCGUGGAGCGAUGGUUCCCCUCGUGACCGUGACCACCCCUGCUCAAUGGAUCUUGGCCGAAUCGCUCGUCCCCGUCGAACUCUACCCCCGCCAACGCCCCACGCGCGAGCGCAUCCAAAGCACCCGACUCUUGGCGCACUUGAAGGCGGACAUCGACGCCCCCUGGAGCAUGCCCGUCGGCGGGUCGUACUACUUCAACGGAAAACUCGCGCAAAAGUACGCGUCGUUGUGCUUGAUGGCAAGCGACCGCGCCGUCGUCGGCGCCGACGACUCGCUGGUUCGAAAGUGCCAAACCAAGCUCGCGGACGUCCUGAAGCCCUUCACAACCAACACGUUUGCCCACCGCCUCGUGUACGACACCGUGUACAAGGGCAUUGUGACGACGCAGGGGUUCGAUGAAGCCAACACGUACGCUGACUUUGGCAACACCAUCUACAACGACCACCACUACCACUUUGGGUACUGGGUUGCGGCCGCGGCGAUCACCAACAUGGUGCACCCGACGAUGCCGGGGCUGGACGAGCUCAACACGCGCGUGUCUUUUCUUAUUCGGGACGUGGCAAACGCGGACGCGACCGAUGCCGACUUUCCCACGUUUCGCAUGUUCGACUGGUUCAAAGGGCACUCGUACUCGCACGGGAUCACGGCCGCCGAGGACGGCAAGGAUUUGGAAAGCACGUCGGAGGACGUCAACUUUUACUACGCCAUGGCGCUGUUCGGCCAAGCCACGGGCCAACGCGAGCUCGAACACCUCGGUCGGCUCAUGCUGAGUGUAAACGUGCGCAGCGUUCAAAUGUACUUUUUGAUGGACAGCGCCAACACAAUCCACCCGCCGUCGAUCCGGGUCAACCACGUCCCCGGCAUCUACUUUGACAACAAGGUCCAUUACACAACGUGGUUCAGCGACGAGCGCAAGUCGAUCCACAUGAUCCAGAUGCUGCCCGUGACCCCCGUCACCGAGUACGUUCGCACCAAACAGUUUGUCCAGGAAGAGUGGACCGACAUCUUGGCCAAACUCCCGGUCGUGCAGGAGGACCGCGAGCACGACGCUGCCUUGUCCCUGUUGUACCUCAACUACGCGGCGGUCCACCCCGACGUCGCCAUGAGCAAGUUGCAAACGGUCGCUUUGGACGACGGCCUCUCGCGAUCGUGGGCACUGUACAUGGCGGCCUCUCGUUAUACCUGAUCAUCGCUCCCGCGUAGCCGUCGAUGUUGUUUGUCCAAUUUAUUGUUUGCCUUCACGAAGCAUCGCCCGUUGCUGGCA